AUGUUUAGAUUUCUCCUCCUGUGUCAACUUUUUGUUUUCUGUAAGCAAGAAUCUCCAACUGGUCAUCUGCAACCUCUGGGAUCACACAGACCGCCAGAAGGCGCUAUCAAGUCAGUAGAACAUGUACCGACUCCUCAAGAGUUUUAUAAUGAAUAUGUUUUGAAAGGACAGCCGGUUAUAUUUAAAGGAGCUGCCAAACUAUCUCCGGGAUUUCAGCUUUGGAGUGAUAGUUAUUUGAGGUAAGCCCCGGAUUUAGUUUUUAUACCCACGACGAGCCUUUAAUAUUACUUUAAAUUUUCAAUCUUAGGGAACUUUGUUAUAAAUAUUGACCCCAAAAACCAUCCGAAGCAGAAUUACCAAUGAUCAGCUUUUUUUUAGUAGUAUUUGCAUAAUAUGUGUCUAAAAGCCGAAAAUAAAAAAUUAAAAUAAAGUGGAUAAUACAUUUUUCCUGCCUCUCAUCUCAGGUGGAUAAUUAAGAAGGAAGACACUCUUUUCAGGAAGAAUAAUAUUCGUUUGCCUUCUUUCUAUUAUGCGUAUAAGUUUUCUUUUAAUACCUGAGCAGUAUGUUUUCACUUUUUUUACAUUGAUGUCCGAGACUGAACCUACAUCUUCAAUUGAUAUUCAUUUAAAAAAUGAAGUUACAAUAUUUGAAAUAGUAAUACACGUUUUCAUGAGUUGUUUUAUUCAAAAGUGGCUCAACAUUAACUUUUGGUUGAUGAGAUUGAUGCUAUUAGUUAGUUCUAUUUAUUUUUUCAUGUUAUAUUUGCAAAUGAACCUUUUUUUUGGAAAAAAAAUAAGGACAAAAGAAAUCUAAAAUUUUAAUGAACACCUGUUAAUGCUAAUGUAAGUUAAAAGAAUCCGUAUCUAAGACGCAGCAUACUAAUAACAAUAUUUUGCAUUUAGCGUCAGAGGUAUCUAGCUUCAAAGAUAUGUAGGUAAACCCUUUAUCCAUUAUGACAAACUUCAACACCUGGCUUGCAACUAAAAUUCACACAAGACCUAAGAAUGACUCUGUCAAAUGUUCCUAAUACCCUCACAAGGUAACAGUCGUGUAGAACUUAUGAAUCAUUCAUAGUUGACCAAAAACAUGUGUAAUUUUUUUAUAACUUGUUAGGGAAAAGUAUGGAGAUGUUAUUGUGAGAGUAGAUUAUGGUAAAAAGGAGAACAGAGCUCGGCCUGCUGAUAACAUUGCACUGAGAGAAUUUUUAUCAAUCUACAAUGAUUCUGAUCGUUACUUGGUAGAUACUCUUCCUGAAGAAAUGUGGCCUGAAUUUUCACUUCCAUCCUGUUUGUUGUGUGGAGGAUUUACAUCUAGACUACAGGUAAGUCCCAAGAGUGAUGAACAUAAAUUGGAUAAAUUUAGGUUUCUGGGAAACUGCCCACCUACCCCUCUCCUAAACCAACAUUAUCACUUCUUACUUAGGGAAAAAUGCUGGCUUAGGGGAGGGGUAGGUGGUCAGUUUCCCAGAAACCUAAAUAGGCCACUUGCACUAAGAGAUCACGUGAGCAAUGCUUCCUUUAAACAAUGAGUUGGAAUCUUGCUGAUGCCAAAAAUUGUUAGAGCACAUAAAAAUUAUCUUACACCUGAAAUUUGAGAGGAAACGUAUUUAAGGGAGAUAUUUUAUGGCACUUUGAUUUUUCAACAAAGUAGUAUAAUUUGCAUUGGCCGCCAUGUUGGGGAGCAUGCUCUUGCCCUCCAACAUGGCGGCCAAAACUACUUUUUUCUUAUAUCUUGUUCAACGUUUGAUAGUUACGCUCAGAUGUGCCGCAAAGGUUCACAUCAUCUUUUCAACAUUUUCCUUGAAGUUUAAGUGCAAAAUUUGUGCUCAGAGAGAGGUAAUUCAUAAUUUUAAAAAUCACAUUUUGGUCACGUGACCAUUUACGAACUUAUUCAUUUUAAGAAAAUGGUGUGGGUUUAAAAAACCAAAUCAACAUUAUUUUGUUUAAGAUAUGACCCACUAAUCGUUUUUCGAAGGUAAAAUCAUAUAACUUUCAUUUUCAUAAAAAUGAUGUCACAUGACCUCUUAGUGCAAAUGGCCUAUUGUUCUCAUAAAUUUUCUCCUAACCAUAUUAAUACUUGAUCAACAGAAAAGGCUAAACUAAUUAAUAAAAUGAUCUCCAAAGGGAAAAUACUUUGAUCCUUUAUCAAAUUCUCUCAAACACAUCUUUGAGAAAAUAGAUGGAGAUGAGUGUGCAGGGAGAAUUUGUAUGUGGAUAUUAGGGCUUAAAGAAUGAAGAACUUUUUUAUGAAGAUUUGAUUCUUGCAAAUUGAAUAUGUCAAUUUGACCUCCUUCAAUCCCUAGUUGUGUCUGGAUGCAUGUUUCCUCAAGAAGGGACUCAGGUUUCCUGAUCUAAGUGUUUUGCAUGCUUCAUGUGCCUUUGUUUUCGGUUUAUAGGAUGCAGUGCUCUGGUACAGUAGUGGAGGCUCCAAGUCAUUCCUUCAUAUGGACACAGUAGAUAAUAUUAACUGUAUGAUAAGUGGAGUCAAGCAGUGGUUCAUAGUGGAUCUGGUAUGAACCUAGCCUAUACAUGUGAUGUUUAUAGGGAUAGUAAAGUCUGAGAAAACAGACAACAUUGUGUGACACCACCACUGGUUUCCUUGACAUGACAUCUGAGGAACAAGCACAAAAAUUCCAUGCUGAUGAUGCAUCACUACCAGGGUGUUCAUUAGGCAUCGGAGAUUGGAGAAUUCUCCAUUUACUACGCAGAAUUCUCUGGCUAACGGUCAAUAGCCUAUAACUAUUUUUUACUCAGAUGUGGAGCCUCUUUAAAAAUUUUCUCCUGUAGUGUUACACCUUUCUCCUGCUACUAGAGUUCUUAAUGAAAACCCUGCACUACCCAGAUCUUUGUAGAGCUUCUGAAUGGAUGAAGCAAAUUUUCAACCCUUCAGAAGCGCUACCCAGAUUAGGGUAGUGACACAUCAUGUCAUUUUGUGAGGAAACCAGUGGUAUUGUCACAAAACAUUGGCUGUUUUCUCAGGAUAUAGACAGUACUGAAGCCAAUAUAAGGGAGUUCAACUCUGUUUAAGAUCUAUAGCAAUUUUGCUUUUGUUGGUAACUUCUAGGAACACACCAAGUUAAUUGACAUGGAUCACGGAGAAGGUGAUUAUUGUAGUGUGAAUGUUGACAAAGUGGACAUGUUCAAGUAUCCUAGCUUACAGAACCUACCAUGGUGGUUUGCACGUCUUGAACAUGGAGACUGUAUGUUUAUACCAUAUGGGUGA